AUGAUGAUUUUGACGCAACAACCGGGACAAACUAUCUUCCUGAGCAUGUUCGUUUUUGUCAUCAGUGGAACAUGGGGAUAUCGCUCUGGAAUUGAAAUGAUUAAUGUGACAUUCUGUGGUAAGCUACUUUUUUUAAUUUAGCCUAAAAACUGUUUAGGAAAAAAAUUACAGAAUGCUACCAUGAAAAAUGAAAAUGGAGACUUAUAAAAAGAAUUGUCGAUUUUCUUUUUCACAACUGACUUACUACUUUCCCAAUUAUCUGAUUUCCGGGUUCUAUUACUCCAUCUCCAUUAUUUUUUCAUUUCCCUCUCCAUUGCCCACCAGCUGUUUAGUCAAAACCAGCUAAGAAUAAGACUACUCAUUUGUCGCAAAAAACAAACUUAAAACGUAAUAUAUUUUUCCAUAUAUUGCUUUGUAUCUAAGGUUUUCGUGGGGCCUGGACUGAAGUAAGUUAGAACUAUAGGGAAAAAUGAAUGGCAUCAACCGUUCACUCAUGAAAGAGUCAAUUGGAAACUAAUUUUGUUUUUCUGUAGCCCAAGGUGAUCUCCAUUGUUACAUUCUUUUUAGGAAAGUACGAUAAGCCUCCAACGUUGAAAGUUUCUCCAUGGCCUUUCAUUCCAGCUGGAAAUCAUUUUAUAGUUAAUAUGACAUUUACACCUGGUAAGUUGAAGUUGACAUGGAGGUGUUUUAAUAUUUUUAAUGGAUUCUCAAUUAAAAGUGAUAUCGUUACAGAAGCAGAAGGAGGGGCUUAUGAAAUUCAACGGCUAAACGACCACAGGACUGAUUAAAACUGCGGAUAGCAUCUUCCUUGAUUAGGCGAUAUGGAUACAUACCGACAUUGCAUAUCCUUACAGCAUACAAAACAAAUUGCAAGACAUAUAUCAAUGUCUCGUUUGAACCUUGAAGUUUCGUAGAGCAUCGGACGACGGAACCCAACGCUCCAAGGUUUUACAUAUAUUCUAAUCGGGGAAUCAGGUUUUCCCACACUCGAGACAAAAUAAUUAACAUCCUACUUUGUUCAAAGACCAAGCCAAAAAUUUAACCCCUUUCUUAACAAUUUGACUAAGGGUGUAUAACUAUAAAAAUAUCCAGGAUUUGAGAAUCGAGGUUACGGGAGAGCGCUGAGUGCGAUUGCAAGUAAGAGGUUCUCCGAAACUUCGGAAUCAAAGGCAUCGGGAAAUGAGAUUUCAAGUCAGCUCAUAUCGCCAGGGUAUACUAAGUGAUUGUCAAUUAUCCUGCAGUGCUUAAAGUUGUUAAAUCUAAUCGCAAAUAAUUUUCUAUUUCCUGUAUUUAUUAAACUUUUCAACGAUUGCUGACUCAACUUGGCGGGUUCAACUGAAAUCUUCCCUCUCCAACUUCCCUUGCUGUACAGCAGAUAUUGCUUUUUCAUUACACUAAGAUCUGUGCCACGUUCUAACUAGUGCUUGCUUCUAAUAGCGGUAGAUGUUCUUGAAGCAUCCAUGCAAUACGAAGUGGUCUUAGACGGCAAGGUUAUUUUAAGGAGCAGGGACGACACUAUAUGCAAUGUGGACCCACCAUUUUGCAAUUUACCAGCUGGUGGUAAGUUGUCUCCCAAAAAGAGAGUUGAGAAGAAAAAACGAAGAAGAAAGAAAGUGAGAAUAAAAGAAAUGAAGGAAAGAAAGAAUGGGAGAAAAAAAUGAAAAAAAAAAAGAAGAAAUGAAAGAAAGAAAGGAAGAAAGAAGGAAAAAAGGGAGGAUUAAGAAACAUUUGUUUCACUUUAAAUUAUUUUUGAAACAUUUAUAAUUAGAGCUAACCUAAUAUCCUGCUCUCUAUAUUAGAUGGAAUUGUGGGUUCUGCUCCAUAAUAUUCCAACUUAAACCCAAGGAAGCUAAUCAUAUCAUUAGUUCCUGUUUAUCUUAUAUUUAUCUCUGUGGUUAUAGUCCUACAUAUCUCCCGAAAUUGUUUUAAAUUCAAACAGUUUCUUUUUCCGAAUAGUUUUUCAACCGACGGUGUGAAAUACAUCGAGAAAUGUUUUAGAAUUAAGUACAACGAUUUUCCAAAUUGCUUUCUUGACCAUCUCUAACAAGCAGCUUCGAAUGAAAAACAAAACAAAUAAAAAUAUAGCAAUGAAAAAUUCAGAAAAUCUAUUCUCAUUAAUUAAUUAUCAAUCUUAUGUAUAGCUCCUGGUACAUGUUGUUUUAUAUUUUGAAAAACCAGUGCUGGUUUCUUUAACCCUUUCACUUCCAUGGGUGACCAAGAGAGAAUUUCUCCUUACAAUAUCAAUACAAUAUCAACCAGACAAGAGAUAAAAAAAGAGAAAAAUAUCAAUUUUGGGAAUAAUUAGCUGAUCAAAUACUAAGCUCUCUGAACUAAAACUAUAAGAAUUGUAUGAUUGACAGUAAGGAGAAUUACAAAUUUGAACUAAGAGUUAAAGGGUUUAUGUUUUAUUUUUGUCUUCUAGAAACCAAAGUGUGGGUUAGAACUGGAAAAUUGCCGCCCAUUCCUCCAGUUUUUAAGGUAAUCGAUCAACUAGCAUAG